AUGUCGGACCCAACGGCUGUUGAAUUGCGAAAGUACACGAAUCAAUGGUGGUCAAAGCUUGAUCAGAAUAUCAAUGCGGGAAUUAAGGCGAGAUUACUUGACGUCAUAUUACAAGAGCCCCAUAAGCUUGUCCGACAUUCAACCGCACGGGCGAUUUCAGCAAUUGCCAAUGGAGAACUUCCUGUUGGACAAUGGAACAACUUGCUAGAGUUUUUGUACCAAUGCUGUCAAAGUCCUAAUGCGGGUCAUCGCGAGGUUGGAGUCUACGUCCUAUAUUCUCUAUUUGAAGUAAUCACAGACGUAUUCAACGACCAUCGGGGACAACUAUUCGAAUUAUUUAGUAGGUCUUUGAAUGACCCCGAAAGCAAAGACGUGAGAAUUACUACACUACAAGCUCUUGGUAAAAUUGCCGAGUUCAUUGAGAUUGAAGAGGAGGAUGAUAUCGCUCAAUUUCAAAAAUUAGUUCCAUCAAUGGUCAAUGUGCUUCAGCAGGCGCUCUCUGAGAAUGACGAAGAUGCAGCAACAAAGGGGUUUGAACUGUUUGAUACACUGAUUUUACUUGAAGCUCCACUCUUGUCGAAACAUAUUGCGCAAUUGAUCGAGUUCUUUUUGAACGUGGCUGGAAAUCAACAGUAUGAAGAGUCGAUGCGUAUAAUGGCCUUGCAAUUUAUGGUCUGGGUUUCUACAUAUAAAAAGGCGAAAAUUCAGCGCCUUAAGCUUGUCAAUCCAAUCAUUUCACGAUUAAUGCCGAUAGGAACUGAGAAUGACCCCGAGGAUGUAAACGAAGAUUCUCCGUCAAGAAUGGCUUUCCGCGUAAUCAAUUCUAUUUCGACGCAGCUUCCACCUCAACAAGUGUUUCCAGUAAUCCUGGAGCAUGUGGUUGCGUACAUGCAGAAUCACGAUCCAAAAUAUCGAAAGGCCGCAAUGAUGGCAUUUGCUGUUUUUGUAGAAGGGUGUGCCGAAUAUAUUCGCCCCAAGUUCAAUGACUUGCUGCCUCUCGUCGUUUCUGGCUUACAGGAUCCAGAAACAAUUGUCAGGAAAGCGGCUUGCAUUGCUUUGAGUUGUUUUGCCGGCGAACUUGAAGAGGAAGUAACUGAGAAUCACAAGACUUUGAUGCCGCUAGUAUUUAAUCUUCUGGAUGAUCCAAAUCAAGAAAUUUCAAAACAAGCCUGUGGUGCAUUAGAUGCCAUUCUUGAAAGCUUGGAUGAAGAGAUAAUUGUCCAAUAUUUGCCUGCAGUGAUGCAAAAGUUAUUAACACUGGCAGAUCAUGUCUCUGGAGAGAGAGCUAUUCCUGUGUUUGCUGCAAUUGGCAGUGCAGCGCAUGCAGCUAAUGGGGAGUUUAAACCAUACUUUGCGCAGACAAUCCCCAAACUGCAAUUAUUAAUGUCGAAAUCAAAAACUGAAGAGGAUCUAAAACUUCGCGGAGUUGCUACCGACACCCUUGGUGCUAUUGCCGAAGCUGUUGGACGCGACGAGUUCAAGCCAUACGUUGCAAACUUUAUGCAGUUGGCAAUUGAUGGUUUGCAGCAUGACCAUCCACAAUUAAGGGAAUGCAGCUACUGCUUUUUUUCGGUAAUGGCUCGUGUGUUUGGCAGUGAUUUUGCACCAUACCUUGAAGUGAUAAUGCCACAAUUGAUAAAGAGCUGUCAGAUUGAGGAAAAGGAUUUGUUUGAAAUUGAAGUGCCUGAUGAAGAAGAUCUGGGUGAAUCAGAUGAAGAAGAUGACGCUUAUGCAUUCAAUCACGACAUAAUUGACGAAAAAGAGAUUGCUGCUGAAGCGAUCGGUGAAAUAUUUACCAACGCGAAAUCAGAUUUCUUACCAUAUGUUGAACCUUGUGUGAAUGAGCUGAAUAAACUAGGAACACAUCAUGCCGAUAGCGUAAGAAAAACGGCAGCACGGUCAUUAUGUCGGUUUAUGGUUACAUUCUAUGAAAUGGCUAAGCUUCCGCCAUGGGAACCUGGGCUUCCAUUGAGAGUGCCAGUUCAUUCGAACGUGGAAACUAUGGUUAAAUAUGCAAUGUCUACUAUUGUGGCCAUUUGGGAAGAUGAAGAGGCCAAGUCCGUAGUCAUUGAAAUCUGUCAACAACUCGUUAUCACGCUGAAAGAAUGUGGUCCAUGCAUAAUAGCAGACUGCGUGGACGAAGUUUCCAACCUCACGUUGAAACUCUUUGAAAAAACGCAUCCUUGUCAAACAGAUCAGGGUGAUGAAGAUGGGGUUCUCGAUGACGAUGAGGAGGCAGAACUGGAUGCCAAAGUGAUUGACGUGGCGUCGGAUUAUGUUGCUGCAAUGGCCUUGGUCAUCGGACCAGAAUUCGCGGAAUACUUUAAAGUAUUCUUGCCGCAUAUCAAAAAAUACUACAAAAAAUCAAGACCAGUGUCAGACAGAUCUAUGGCCAUUGGCUGUUUGGGUGAAUGUGCUCUCGGGUUGAAAGAAGGAAUUACGCCCUUCACUGAAACGAUAUUGCCCUUGUUUUUGAAAGCAGUUGGCGAUGAAGCAGACGAAGUUCGAAGCAAUGGUGCUUACGGUAUUGGUCUUUUAUGCCAAUAUUCGAAAGCAGACAUAAUGUCGCACUAUCCGGCAAUACUCACGGCGUUACAUUCAUUAUUCGGAGCCUCAUCGUUUGUGAAUAUCGCGGAUAAUGCAUGCGGGGCUGUGUCUAGGAUGAUUCUAGCUCAUCCCGAAGCAGUACCACUUGAACAAGUUCUUCAAGUAUUGUUUUCAACGCUACCGCUUAAACAAGACUUUGAAGAGAAUGAACCAGUUUUCGAAUGUAUAUUCCAACUGUUUCGCGCAAAUAAUGCAUUCGUAUUCAAUCAGUUACCGAUUCUUUUAAACAUAUUUGCCAAAGUUCUCGGUCCACCCGAAGGACAAUUAAAGGAGAACAUACGCAAAGAACUCAUAGAAUUGAUAAGGGCAUUGGCUAAACAAUACCCAGAAAUUAUGAACAGACCUGACUUGGUUGCAGUUAUGGCAUAA